GCCCGCCCGCACCAGAUGAGCCCUGCCAAGCGGCAACAUCACAGUAAUCCGACCAGAACCUUCGUCCUCUCUUACUCUUCUUCUGUUCUUCUCCCCUCUUCUCUUCUUUAAAACCCACAUUAACCUCUGGCCAUCAACUUCAAUCUCUCUCUCUCUCUCUCACUCCCUCUCUCUGUACAGUCUGUAACGUUAUACCCAUGGCUUCCCCUGUUUUCUUCAUCAUCUUUUCAAUCUUCCUAGCACAAGUUUCCAUUUCCAGCUCCGAAAUUUUGCUCCUCCGUCUGACCCACUCCCUCUCCACCGCCCAAUUCAACAACACCCACCACCUCCUCAAAUCCACCACUUCACGCUCCGCCGCCCGCCACCGCCACCACCACCACCGCCAAGGCCAGCGCCGCCAAGUUUCUCUCCCGCUGUCCCCAGGUAGCGACUAUACUUUAUCAUUCUCGCUCGGCUCCGACUCGCCCCAGACAAUCUCUCUCUACAUGGACACCGGCAGCGACCUUGUCUGGUUCCCCUGCCACCCAUUCGAAUGCAUUCUCUGCGACGGCGAAUACAACCCCGCCACCGUCGCCAACCCUUCUCCUCUCAACCUCUCCGCCUCCGCCGCUCCGGUCACGUGCAAGUCCCGUGCCUGCUCCGCCGCCCACUCCGCCCUCUCCUCCUCGGACCUCUGCGCCGCCGCCCGCUGCCCCCUCGAAUCAAUCGAAACCUCGGACUGUGCCUCUUUCUCUUGCCCGCCGUUUUACUACGCCUACGGCGAUGGCAGCUUGGUCGCGCGGCUCUAUAGCGACAGCUUGUCGAUACCUAUGUCGUCUCCGUCGCUAAUUCUCAAUAACUUCACCUUCGGCUGCGCCAACACCGCCCUCGGCGAGCCCAUCGGUGUCGCCGGCUUCGGCCGGGGAAUUCUAUCGCUGCCGGCGCAGCUUGCGAGCUUCUCUCCUCACCUCGGAAACCAGUUCUCUUACUGCUUGGUCUCUCACUCGUUCGACGCCAGUCGAGUUCGCCGCCCGAGUCCACUCAUUCUGGGUCGCCGCUCUCUCGACAAAGAGAAGGGCAGCCAUUUGCCCGAUGGUGAGUCCGAGUUUGUCUACACUCCAAUGCUUGACAACCCGAAACACCCUUACUUCUAUAGCGUGGGGCUGGAGGCCGUGUCCGUCGGGAACCGUAGGAUUCCUGCGCCGGAGAGUCUGAGGAAAAUCGACAGAGAUGGCAACGGCGGAAUAGUGGUGGAUUCCGGGACGACUUUCACCGUCCUGCCUGCGGAACUGUACGACUCGGUGGUGGGCGAGUUCACUCGGCGAAUGGGGCGGGCUCGCAAGCGGGCGAGUGUAGUCGAGGAGAAAACGGGACUCAGUCCGUGCUACUACUUGGGAGAGUCAGCGGGUGAGGUGGCGAGGGUACCGGCAGUUGUCUUACAUUUCGGGGGAAAUUCCAGUGUGGCGCUGCCCAGGAAGAACUACUUGUACGAAUUUUUGGAGGGUGGAGAUGAUGAUGGGAAGGGAAAGGGGAAGAGGAAGGUAGGGUGCGUGAUGGUGAUGAGCGGGGGUGAUUUGGAGGAGGGUGGGCCCGCGGGCACACUGGGGAACUACCAGCAGCAGGGUUUCGAGGUGGUUUAUGACUUGGAGGAGCGCAGGGUUGGGUUUGCGAGGCGCAAGUGUGCGUCUUUGUGGGAUACGCUCAACAAAAGAAGCUAACUUGGCCUCCACCUCGAGGAGUGAGCUUAGUUCAAUUUUUUGCUUCUCGCAAUCCACUUACUAAUGUACAUUUGAGUGUGGAUGGCACAAAUAAGUGAGUGUGAGAUUGGGGGAAGCAAAAAAGUUGGAGUACAUUAUUAUUAACAUGGGAAAAUAUAUUGUAAAAAUCUCUAAAUGGAUAUAAGAUUUUUUUACUUUUGUUUGUGUUAAGGUAA